UUUCUUGGGAGAAGCUCUCCUCCGUUCAUGCAACUCUUUACGUCUCAAAACUGUCAUGGCUCUUUCCUGACAGCAGUUUCUUGAUAUUUGCAAUUUAAGAGAUGUAAAGAAGAAGCCUGAAAGCAAAUUCUAACGUAGAUCUUAGAAUGACUAUGUGUCUUUUUCAAGAAGAUCAUGAGGAAGUGAGUCAAUCAUCAGAUUUAAAAAUCUUAGGAAAGGAAUGUCUUUAGAAUCACAGAAAAAGAACUAGGUUACCAUGGCUUCUGGUGCAUCAUCACUUGAAAGUAAUGGCAGCAAUGCCACUGGAACUCUGCAGAGGAAUUACAAUGUAAGUAGCAGUGAUCGUAGUGACCGUAGUGACCGCAGUGACAGAAGUGAUCGAAGUCAUUCUGGUGGGUCACCUCGGGACUAUGAUGGCCUUAAACAACAAUGUGACAAAGCCAUGCAUGAACUGCAGCUAUUACGAAGGCAACACAGCGAAACAAUAAGACGAUGCGACCACACUAUGAAAGAGCUGGAUUACUACAGAGGACAACAUCGGGCAGCUAUGAGCCAGCUGGAAGCAGCAGCAACAGAAUCAUCCACAUUAAGGGGAAAAUACAGCGAAAUAGCUGCUGAAAAGCUGCGCUUGGAACGUGACAUGCAAAACCUGCAACUUGAAAUUGGAGAGCUGAGGUCGCAGGAUGUUAUUGGCAGUGAAAGUGGUACUGCAGAUACGCUAAAUCAACAUUACUUGACUGCAUGUGAGAAAUAUGAAAUGGUUAAAGAUGAGUACGAAUCACUCCGAAAACGAUAUGAUGAUCUCAUAGCUUCUCAUUCAGCUGCUGUUAAUAAGCUGGAACUAGCUCAGGAAGAAGUAGGAAGACUGAAAAAGCAGUGUGAGGAAUUAGUUCAAGAGAGAAAUUUAGCUGUAAGGGAGAGAACUGUACUGCAACAGCAGUGUACAGCAGCAAUUCGGCAGUGGGACAUCGCUUUAAGAGAAAGGAAUGAGUACAGGGAAGCUUUAGCAAAGGCUCAACAACAGCAUGAAGAGGCUGUCAAGGAAAUCAAUCAAGCUAUGGCUGUGCGCAUGAAGGCCAGUAAAGAUCUUAAGCGUCUUACAGAAGAGCGUAAUGCAGCUAUGCAGGAGUACUCGCUAAUUAUGAGUGAAAGAGAUACAGUCCAUAAAGAGAUGGAAAAGUUGACUGAUGACCUGACGCAGGCUUUUAACAAAAACAGGACUCUUGAAGUGGAGAACAAGGACUGCAUUGAAGAGAAAAAAGCCCUCUCUUAUCAAGUUGAAACAUUGAAAAGGGAAAUAGCAUCUGCUCUUCAUGAUCGGGAUAAAGCCCUUAAAGAAUGUAAUGAUUUGCGAGAAAAGUAUGGAGAUUUCAUUGCACAGAAAGAAUCAAAUAGUGGAGGCUUAGCUGCCUUUGAAUCCAACACUUUCAUCCGGGAAAGGGACACUUGCCGCAGUGAUCAAGCUGAAGUUUCUACUAGUACAAGAGAUAUGUAUGGAAAGUCUCAAAGAGAGAGAAUGGAUAAUUUAGAUCAGGCAAAUCAGGAGCUUGAAAGAUUGAGGAAGCAGAUUGACAAACUUCAGGCUGAAUUACAAGAGUCAACACAAGAAGCUGAAGUUUCUAAGAGAAGGAGGGACUGGGCCUUUAGUGAAAGAGAUAAAAUUGUGCUAGAACGUGAAAGUAUCAGGACUUUAUGUGACAAACUUCGCAAAGAACGAGACAGGGCUGUUUCAGACCUUGCUGAGGCACUUAGGGAUUCAGAUGACAUUAAAAAGCAACGCAAUGAAGCUUCAAAGGAAUUAAAACAGUUAAAAGAAAAAGUUGAAGCUCAGAUGGAAAAGGAAAGUCGAUCUCAGCAAUUCAGAGCGGCGGGUCACAAUCAUAGUCAUGACUCAGCAAUUGAUUCAGAUUUGCAAGAGUGGGAAACAGAGAUUCUUGAAAUUGACAUUAGUGGCCUUGCAUCUGAUGAUGAUCUAGGAUUUGAUUUGGUAGGAGGGAGGGAUGAUCCUCAGUACUCCAAUGAUACUGGUAUAUAUGUAUCCUCCAUUGCAAAAGGCAGUGUAGCUGAUGGAAAGCUGAAGGUCAAUGAUUGCAUUAGUAGAGUAAACAAUGUAGACUGCAGCAAUGUGAGUAAGCGCAUGGUUCUUGAGACUGUUCGUGCUGGAGGUCGUGUAGCAAACAUGGUUGUUAGACGCCGUCGAUUCAUUCGCAGUAUUUACACUACUCAGUUGCAUAUGGGACUAGAUUGUGAACAUGGACUUUCUUUAGAAACUGGCAUUUAUAUCUGCAAAAUUAGUCCAGGCUCAGCUGCUGCUAAAGAAGGAAACCUAGCUGUUGGUGAUAGAGUUCUCAGUAUUAAUAACAAGCCAAUGGAUGGAUUGUCAUCUGCAAGGGAGGCCAUUGCUAUUCUAGAAGAACACUCAGAUUCAGCCACAAUCACUACUUUAAAAGGUUCAGGUAGUGGUGGCAGUAACAGUUCCCACAGCAGUUGUGAAGAAGAGAGAGUUUUUCCAGGUGCUAGCAACACAUGUAAGGAGAGUGCUCAACAAUUGAGGGAGCACCGAAUAUUUGAUAGAUCGCCUACUUGUAGUAGCAGUCCCCACGGCUCCCAUGGCCGUGAUCACAAGCAUAGUGCUUGUCAGACAGAUGGCAUUGUUCGCCCAGACUUGUUGGAUCAGAGGAAUUUUCUCCACAGCAGGUUUUCUGAACGUUCUGUAUAUAAAGUCAACAAAACCCCAGUUGACAAAGUCAGCAGCAACAGUGGCAGCAGCAGUACGGGUUGGGGUGAACUUUUAAGAGAAAAGUUUGAUCGUGUUCGGAAUCGCAGAGAGUACACUUUCCCAGAUAAGAACAAAGACAGAAAUGCAUCCCCAGUUGGACAGGAAGAGGAGGUUAUAGCUGAACUAGAUUCUGUAAUCAACAGCUAUCAUCCAACUCAGAGAAGUCAGACAUCAGGGUCUGGUCUGAGUAGUGGAACAGGGACUGUAGCUUUGAGAAGACGUAAAGAAGAGGAGAAAAAUGGAGGAACAUGGCCUAAAGCACGUGGCAUCAAUGCUAGACACAGCACUGGAACAGUACUUCAUCAUCGCAGACCGAAAGAACGUGUUCCCAUAUCAAACCUAUUGAGGGAUCGUCCUACGCCUGAUUGUGAUCACUUGAGUGAUGCUAGUAGUAAUGCAUCCAAAGAUAUGCUUGAUUAUUGCAAGAAAAAAGGAAGUCAUAAUAGUAGUGCUGGAAUGCGCCAUUAUCCACCAAGUGACAGUGAAAGCAAUGCAAGUCCAGUACCUGAUGGUACUCACAGUCGCAUCAUUCACCCACUUUAUCUAAGACCCCAUCCUCACUAUCCUUUUCCAGUGCAAGUGCCUCAUUCCCACCACCCUCACUCUCAUACUAUUGCACCUUCUCGCUUUCCUGGUCCCCGUUAUCACUCCCCAGUGCCCCACUUACCAUCAUCUCCAAGUGGUGAAUCCAUCGGUCUACCGGAUACAGGCAGGCCUUGCUUUGAACCUCCUUAUGGUCCACCUCAGCCCUAUCAUACACAUUCUCCAUCUGAUGUGCACUUUGUUAAGCAAGCUCACUCCCAUCCAACCUACCGUGUAAAUGAUGACAUGGCAAUUUCUUAUCAGCCUGGCGGAUUUGAGAGUGGGACAUUCCCCCGAAAGAAAGAGAACCCAAGAUUUCGAAUCCCUUCAAACCCUAGUGUUACCAGUAAAGUAUCCUCUUCAGCUGGCAGUAUGGAACGACCUUCUGAAAGAGACAGUCCAAUGCCCACUUUUAGAGUGGAUGUUCUCAGUCGGGCAAGUCGCGGUAGCAAGAGAAAUUCCCUUCCUGAUUAUUGGUCAGGAUCACACCAGUCAGGAUCACAGCACUCCCCUAUUCCUGCUCCUGGAGACCUUAGACGGGUGCAUAUUGAUAAGUCAGUGGAGCCUUUAGGAAUUCAAAUUAAAUGCCUUGAUGGAGGUGGUGUUUUUGUAUCAACUGUCAGUGUCAAUAGUCUGGCAAGCAAAGUUGGUUUACAGGUUGGUGACCAGCUCCUGGAGGUGUGUGGCAUAAAUAUGCGCAGUGCAACUUACCAAUUGGCUGCUAAUGUUUUACGGCAAUGUGGGAAUUCUAUUACUAUGCUUGUCCAGUACAGCCCAGAAAAGUACAAAAUGGAAAAUUCUGGUAGCUCUAGUGGUGAUGAAAGUCAUCGCUCUGAUUCACCAACUCCCCGAAACUCACCUCAUGCAACCCAUGCUAAGCUCCAAGAACUGGGCCCUAACAGCCUCUACAACAAUAGUCACCCAAAUGAGCAGAAUACUCUAACCAGGAGCCAGAUAGCUCAAGCAACAUCCACCCUUCAAAGGCAGAAGGCUGCCAAGUUUAAUGCAUCACAUUCACAACGUUCUUCCUUAGUCCAGAGUUUGGAUGACACAAGCAAGUCAUCUGCGCAUGAGCCCAGACUCUUAAUGUUAGAAACACGCAAGUGUAGCAACUUGGGUAUCAGCCUUGUUGGUGGCAAUGCUGUUGGUAUUUUUGUGCACAGUGUGCAACCAGACUCUCUUGCAGCUGAAGUUGGCCUUAGAACAGGAGACCAAAUAUUGGAGUACAAUGCAACUGACUUGCGCCAAGCCACAGCUGAAGAAGCAGCCUAUGAAUUGGCUAAACCUGCUGAUAAAGUUUCGGUUCUUGUUCAUUACAACAUUGACAAAUAUAACAAAAUAAAGGAUAAGCCUGGAGAUCGCUUUUACAUCAGAGCUUUAUUCGAUCGUCAAGGCGAUACCGGAGAACCAAUGCAAUUACGUUUCCAUAAGGAUGAUGUCUUAUUUAUUGACAACACAAUGUUUAAUGGAAAACCAGGGAACUGGAGAGCUUGGUGUGUUGAUGAAGAAGGCAAUAUAAUGCAACAAUGUGGUAUCAUUCCAAGCAAAUACAAGGUUGAAGAGCAGCUGCUCAGGAGAAGUCUUGGGGAUUUGGAGACAGAUGUGCGCCGUGGUUCUACAACAGCUCGCCGCAGUUUUUUCCGACGCAAGAAGCAUCAGCGAUCUGCUAGUCAAGACAGUAAGGAACUUGCCAGCUUCAGUAGCAUCAACUUGGGCUGGUACUCAGACUCUGGAAAUUUGAAUGAUGAAGCAGCUCUUGCCAGCUACCUACGAGUGGAAAAAUUGAAUUAUACUGUAUUCCGACCUGUCCUGAUAGUAGGUCCAUUGGCCGAUUGUGUCACUGAAAAGCUCCUUCAAGACUUCCCUCAACUUUUUGUUAGAUGUGCUCCUGAUGUAAUGCACUGCAGCUCUACGGAUGUUGAAAAGGGAAUUGCUAAUGGUGUCCUUGUAGACUAUCGGAAGAAGCAUGGUAGCAUAUUUGAAUGCACAUCGGUUGCUGCUAUUAGAGAUAUAUGUGACAAGAACACUCACUGCAUUCUUGACAUAUCUCUUGCUGCGGUUGAACGCCUCCAUCGUCACAAUUUGUAUCCAAUCAUUCUUCUUAUUAAAUUCAAAUCCUUCAAACAAAUUAAAGAAAUCAAAGAAGUGAAGGAUACCCGCUGUUCAAUGGACAAAGUGUCAGCCAAAGCAGCCAAGGAAAUGGUUGAACAUGCUGCCAAAUUGGAGGCAGACUAUCGGCAUUUAAUAUCUGCUGUUAUCCCUGCUGGAGUAAAUGUUGCCUACAUGUGCACUCAAAUCAAAGAUGCCGUUGCAGUGGAGCAAACUAAAACACUGUGGGUCCCUGUGUCAUAGGCUCUUAUAAGGUCUCAGAACAUAGUCAAUGGAUAUGGAACCGAUGGAUAUGAAUCUUAAUAUAUUUUUCCAUCUUCAAUCUUCUCCAGCAUUACCUGAAAUAUUUUGUAGGUAUAUUUUACUUUUUUGUGCCUGCACAGAAAUGAGAAAACAGAAGCAAAUGGUGUGCAUUAAGUUGUGUGAUUUUAGUGUGAUGAUUUCUUGCUCCAGCAUUGUACAGUAGUUGAACUAACAUUUGAUUUUUUUGAAAUGUUUUAGAGUUGUGAUGCAGAAGUUUGCUUCAGUUUGUUAAUGUCUCAUGUUCAUGUCUGUCAGUAACAAUUUAAAAUUUUUAGGAGAUGACAUACAUACCAUUUGUAGUGGGCCAAUGAUAUAAUUUCAUCAGUUGUUUCUCAAUGUUCAUCUUACCCGACAUUAUUCCCUGGAUUUUGAACUCUCCCAUAGGACAGUUAUUAUGAAAUCAGGGAUCUGCUCCUCAAUCUUCACUUUUAAUGGUACAUGCUUGUGGGCACUGGAUGUAUUCUAAAGUAUAAAUUUUUGGUUGGUGGUAUGUAAAUGAAUGCAGCAUGUACACAUAAGUGCAAGUAUGUUUCAUGAUCCAAAUUUUUGCUCUGUCUCCUUUUGCUUUACAUAUUCUCUAUUCUUGUCUUUUGCUUUGUCUACUUGUACUGUAUAUGUGAGAGUCAUAUAAUGAGAAAUUGUGUGAAUCUGUGAGGGUGAGUUCUGUUCUUCCAGAUAAAUGCCUAGUCUAUUCAGAGAGUUGAUUUUAAACUGCGCCAAAUAAGUCGCACGGUCUUAAAGAUUUUGUAUUGACUUUUAAAAUUUUAUUCUUAUAUUUUCUCCUUCCUGAGUGCAUCGUACUUUUGUGAUCAUCAAGACAAUACUUUUGUAGUUCUCUUUGUAACUGAAUCAAUCAUCUGGUGGUUUAUUGACCAUAAUUCAUUAGCUUUUGCACUCAUUGACACCUUGUUUUGUAUGUAUUUUGUUCAUCAUCUUUUUCUUAAACCAUAAUGUAAUGAAUGUGUAAAUAGACUUACACCGUUGGCACUGAUUUGUAUGAUGUCCGCAUUUUCAGGAAAAAGUUAUGGUUAUAUUUCAGAACUGUUGUUACUGUACAGUAUGAGACUGUUUUUACUGCAUUUUAAUCUGUUUGUAGUGUACUGGUUAAAACACCCAUAAUGUUAAUUUUCAAUGUAUUAUUCUGUUCUGGACUGAAACUUUUCACUGUUUAGCAACUUUUUAAACCUUAUUUUAAGCUUCUCUAUGCAUCACCCUGGAAUAUUUUAACAGUUUGUUUUGGGUCUUCCAUUGUUAUCUUGCUUUCUGGGCGUGCAGUAUUCAGUAUUAAGAGAUUUUACUUAAAGAAAUGAUUGGCUCUAUAAUUUCCUUGAUGGUGCCAGCUGUGAACCAGAUUGAUAAAUUUGCUAGUUAUUUUUAGCGCCUGUCACUACACCCUAGAAACUUUAUUGACUUCAAUUCUGUUGAGUCGCCUGUUAAUAUUUCAAUUUUAUGAUAUUGUGUGUAUAUUCUUUAUGAAUUUGUCUCUUUUGUGUUAAAAAUGUUUAUCUAGUGGUGCAGGGUGAUCCUGUGUGAGUUAAAGGUUGGCACAUAGUGGAAUAUGUUCCCACUUUCACUUUUCAAAUGUAUUUGUUGCACACCUGGUUACAGGUGUUUUAUGCACUUUCUUGCUGGGACUACGUGCUUGCUCAAACUGUGUUUUAUUCUUAAUUAAUUUAUCUUUGUACCUAGUAUUUUUAUGGUAACUUUUACUUUUGCCCUCUGAAAUUAUCAGCUUUUCUUAACCUGUAGGAUGAGUGGUAAACCUUCUCCUAGAUUGACGAUUGUUUGAUUUCCAAACAGUUUCUAUUUGUUUUACUUAUUUUAUAUUUUGGCAGGCACUUUAAACAAACAAACAUAAGAAGUCCUCUUAUGUCUUGGCUAGUCUAUUUUACAAUUUUAUAGCAAAUGAAUGCUUUUUAUUCAAACUCACUUUUUGGUAUCUUUUUUUAUGAAUUGAAAGGAGAACCUCCUUUCACGCAAAGUAAACGGAAGGCUGAGAGGAAUUCAAACAUGUCUGAAAAUAAUUAAGGCUGAAUUAAGCUGACAAACUUUAUUAGUAGGUUGUGAAAAUAAUUUAUUAUUAUUACUGUCUUUUACAGUUAACCAGUGUAAAUUUGAAGAAAAAAUGUGUAUUUUUUGAUAUUGGAAUGUUUUAUUGUGGCUGUAGACCAGCUGAUAUCUACCUAAAUGUUUCUUAUCCGUCCUUCAAAAUUUUUUAUCUUUGAGUCUUUUGGAGUUUUAUAUUUUAAUCAAAUUUGUUUGAUAUACACAUACUGCUUAGUAUUUAUUCUUUUGUAUUGUAUUCUCUUCAAAAGCAUGUGUACCACCUAUGGACAAGGGAUGCACGUUUUGUUGAUUUUGCUGCAACAUAUAUGUUACCAAUCCAUAGUCUGUCUAUGGGUUUAAUGGUUAUAUUUACUGUCUUGUACGUACAUAUUUUUCACAAUUUCAAAUCACCAUGUUUCUAGUUUGGUGGCCAGUGUUUUGUUUGCCUACAUGCACACUCUGAUGAUCCUGAGGACUGCGAGAUGCAUGCACUGACAUAUCAUAUGAGAUUAUUUUCAUAUGUGGUUUUAUUGAAUUAAAUGCUAUUGUUGCAUAUUAUAA